AUGGCGCCGAAUAGAAAGAAGAACGAGGAGGGGGAGGAGUCACGACUGAGGAUUGCAAUUGUUAAUGCGGAUCGAUGCAAGCCUAAAAAGUGCAGGCAAGAGUGCAAAAGGAGCUGCCCCGUCGUCCGCACAGGCAAGCUGUGUAUUGAAGUAGACCCUUCUAGCAAGCUUGCUUUCAUCUCAGAGCCUCUCUGCAUCGGGUGCGGCAUUUGCGUGAAGAAGUGCCCGUUUGAGGCUAUUGCUAUUAUCAACCUUCCGAAAGAUUUGGGUGCCGAAGUAACGCACCGAUAUGGGCCGAAUUCCUUCAAGCUGCACAGGCUACCAAUCCCCAGGCCUGGGCAGGUGUUGGGAUUGGUCGGUACCAAUGGAACUGGGAAAUCGACUGCUCUGAAGAUCCUCUCGGCCAAACUAAAGCCUAAUCUUGGACGCUAUGCGUCUCCUCCGGAAUGGCGCGAAAUUGUUUCGGGAUUUAGGGGCUCAGAGCUCCAGAAUUAUUUCACAAAGGUCAUUGAAGAGACUCUCAAGGCGGUCAUCAAGCCGCAAUACGUGGAUCUCAUCCCCAAACAGGUAAAGGGUCAGGUGGGCCAGAUUCUGAAGAGCCGGGACGAAGCAGGUCGUGUUGAUACGUUGAUCGACGAAUUGGAGCUGCGGCAUUUGCUGGAUCGCCAAGUGUGCGAUCUUUCCGGAGGCGAGCUGCAACGCUUUUGCAUUGGGGCUGCAUGUGCCCAGAAGGCCGACGUUUUUAUGUUUGAUGAGCCGUCUUCCUAUCUGGACGUGAAGCAGAGGCUACAGGCUGCCACCAUCAUCAGACGGACCGUCACAAGCGACAAUUACGUAAUCGUGGUGGAGCACGACUUGUCUGUAGUUGACUAUCUUUCGGACUUCAUAUGUUGCUUAUGGGGGAAGCCGGGGGCGUACGGUGUCGUGACAACUCCUUUUGGGGUCAGAGAGGGUAUCAAUCACUUUCUAGACGGCUUUAUUCCGACGGAAAAUCUGCGUUUUAGAGACGACAGUUUGAACUUCAAGCUUGCUGUGGACCAGGACCUCCUCCUCGAGGAAGCGCAGCGGCUGCAUUUCUACGAAUACCCCGCGAUGACGAAGACCUUGGGGACGUUCAAAUUGGAGGUUCAGAAGGGCAGUUUCUCAGACUCCGAGAUAGUUGUCAUGCUUGGUCAGAACGGCACCGGAAAGUCGACUUUCAUUAGGAUGCUCGCGGGUCUGCUAGCGCCAGAUGACGAAUCUCAACAGCUGCCAACUUUUGCCGUUUCUUACAAGCCUCAAACCAUUUCUGCAAAGUUUCAAGGCACAGUCAAGGAGCUCUUCUAUGCAAAGAUCCGCGAUGCGUUCAACCAUCCACAGUUUCAGACGGAUGUCGUGCGGCCCUUAGAUCUUGACCAGGUGAUGGAUCAGCAGGUUCAGCUCCUUUCUGGAGGUGAGCUGCAGCGCGUGGCCCUCAUCGUGGCGUUGGGUAAGUCGGCCGACAUCUUCCUGAUUGAUGAACCCUCCGCGUAUUUGGACUCGGAGCAGAGGAUUGCAGCAAGCAAAGUCAUCAAGAGGUUUAUUUUGCAUGCAAAGAAAACGGCAUUUGUUGUCGAGCAUGACUUUAUCAUGGCAACAUACCUCGCAGACCGAGUCAUUGUCUUUGAAGGAGAUCCCGGCGUGAACUGCCGGGCAUGCACACCGGACUCGCUGGUGAGCGGGAUGAACAAAUUCCUCAAGGUACUGAAUAUCACUUUCAGGAGGGACCCAACGAAUUUCAGACCGCGCAUCAAUAAGCUGGAAUCGUGCAAAGACAAGGAGCAGAAGUUGUCGGGCAACUUCUUCGUGCUUGAGGACAGCUGA